AUGGCCGAAGCCGGCAAAGCUGACACGAAAAUGGCAGCCAAACCACAAGAGAAGAAGGCGUCCAAACCGCGAAUCGACUGUAUUGAUGGAUGCAGAUUCGCUCUUGUGUUCCCUAUCGUGAUUGCGCACUUUGCAAGGUUCGGCACCAACAACAAGACAAUGUUGAAGCUUCUCACGCAGGAGAACGUUUUGGUGGGUGGAUUCUUCGUCAUUUCCGGAUACGUCUCUGCCUACACCUCCACCAAGCUUGGUGAGCGGAAGGCGGAGGACAAGAAACUGGCCAAUCCAGAGCUGUUCUUCUGGCAAAGGGUGAUGGCGUACUAUCCUUUGCACUUUGUGGUCUCAGCGAUCUUUGCCCCUAUGUUCAUCCAAGUUGAGAGGUGGUACAACACUCCCUGGACAAUGACGGCUUUCCGAGCCUUCUUGAAUUUCAGCCUGCUGCAGGCUUGGUUCCCAGCGGAGGCCGAGAUUUGGAAUCAGCCCACCUGGUUCCUGUCCGCACUCACCUUCUCGAACCUCACGAUGCCCACAUUCGUGCUCCCACAAGUAGCGCAGCUCUCGAAGUCCGGCCUGCAAAAGCUAUUUGCUGCUUUGACAGGGAUUUCGCUUCUGCAGAAGGUUUCUUACUCGGAGACUUCGCGAUUCCACAGCCACUUUGAGCAUCCUGUGGAUGGAAAGGUCAUGUAUCCCUUGAUCUGGAACCUUACCCGCUUCCAUCCCUUCUGGGCACUCAUCGAAAUGACCAUGGGUGUGGCAGCUGUUCGUCAUGUGAUGCUGGACACGGAGGAAGACAAGAAGCAGCCAACCACGAACCCGCUCUGGCUCUUCCUCCUCUCCUACGCCUCCCUGGGCCUACGCCUGACACAGUUUGACUUCAACGACGCCAUCAUCCGAGGCGUGCUGUUUGUUCCCAUCUUCACGAAGUUCCUGACGCAAAUCCACCGGGAUGCCUUGUCUGCGAACCCCGCCCCGAUUACGCGAUUCUUUGGGUCCAAGCCCAUGGCCACACUGGGCUCCAUAGCCUUCCCCAUGUUCAUCUUGCAUGGCCCGAUUGGACAGAUCUUUUACAAGAAGGUGCUCGCCAAGGAACUGUGGGGCGGACCCAUGUCGACGCGGUUCUUCCCGUGCUAUUUGAUGAUCUGCCUUGGCUUGAGCCAUCUUACCAACGAGUACUUCGUCAAGAGCAAGAAGGUGGCGGCAGUCGCCGGCAAAGUUGCGUCGGCUCUCGCAGAAUGGACUGAGGGCAUGUUGCGGGGGUGUUGUCGCGGUAUUGGCGUUCCAGCUCUGUCGGAAGAUUUCCUUAGUUGGAUCCAGUUGGCUGCCAACUUCGGCGCUGAGGCUGAUGCAAAGGCCGCAGCGAUGCCUCCGGCUGCCAAGCAGGAAGUGAAGCCCGUGAAGGUCUCCAAGCCUAGGAUCGACUGCAUCGACGGCUGCCGCUUUGCGCUGGUCUUCCCCAUCGUGAUCGCCCAUUUUGCCAGGUUUGGAACGAGCAAUAUCACGGCGCUGAAGCUGCUCACCCAGGAGAAUGUGCUCGUGGGAGGCUUCUUCGUCAUCUCAGGAUACGUGUCUGCGUACACCUCUACGAAGCUGGGCGAGCGAAAGGCCGAGGACAAGAAGCUGGCCAACCCCGAGCUCUUCUUCUGGCAGAGGGUCAUGGCCUACUAUCCCCUGCACUUCGUGAUGUCCGUCAUCUUUGCACCGAUGUUCAUCCAGGUGGAGAGGUGGUACAACACUCCCUGGACCACCACCGCCUUCCGAGCCUUCCUGAACUUCAGCAUGCUCCAGGCCUGGUUCCCGAAGGAGGCAGAGAUCUGGAACCAGCCAACCUGGUUCCUGUCGGCCCUGACGUUCUCGAACCUCACCAUGCCGACGCUGGUGCUUCCCCAGGUUGCCCAGCUCUCCAAGAACGGCCUUCAGAAGCUCUUUGCCGCCUUGACGGGCAUCUCUCUCCUGCAGAAGGUCUCUUACUCGGAGACCGCCCGCUUCCACAGCAGCAAGGAGCACCCGGUCAACGGCCAGGCCACACACCCUCUGAUCUGGAACUUGACCCGCUUCCACCCUUUCUGGGCCCUGAUCGAGAUGACGAUGGGCAUCGUGGCGGCCAGGCACGUGAUGCUGGACACGGAGGAGGACAAGAAGAAGAAGCCAACGAAUCCCCUGUGGCUUUUCCUGGCGGCCUACGCUUCGCUGGGGCUGCGGCUGACUCGUUUUGACUUCAACGAUGCCAUCAUCCGAGGGGUCCUCUUCGUGCCGCUCUUCACGAAGUUCUUGACGCAAAUGCAUCGGGAUGCUCUGAGUGCCGAUCCGGCCCCUAUCACGAAGUUCUUUGGCUCCAAGCCCAUGGUUACCCUCGGCUCCAUUGCCUUCCCCAUGUUUAUCCUGCAUGGACCAAUUGGCCAGAUCUUCUACAAGAAGGUGCUCGCAAAGAAGAUCUGGGGAGGACCCAUGUCGACAAGCUUCUUCCCGUUCUACCUGUGCAUCUGCGUGACCCUGAGCCAUCUCACGAACGAGUACUUCGUGAAGAACAAGCAGGUGGGUGCCUUCGCUGGCAAGGUGGCCCAAGUGUUGGGAAGAUGGACUGAGGGCAUGCUGCGUGACCGCGCAUAG